GGAGCUCUACAAUGCGCAGUGGAUUGAUGCUUGGCGAGAAAGAAACAGUCGACGAAGUGAAGAAGUUGUUGAGUUAUGGGAACAUGUUGUAAGCCGGUCAUUGUCUUUCCUCGGUGAUGAACUGUGGAUAAUAUAUGAGCAGGUAUGUGUGGCCGCUUUGGACUGCGCAAGGUUAGAUCUUGCUGGUGAAUGCAUAUCAGCCUUGAAUAAUCGUUUUCCUCGAAGCAAUCGUGUACUGAGAUUACAAGCUAUGCACUAUGAGGCAGCUGAGCAAUAUGACAGUGCUUUGACUCUCUAUGAGCGCCUUAUAGAGGACGACCCCACUAACAAUUCUUUCCGAAAAAGAAAGGUUGCCCUUUUGCUGGCACAAGGAUUGCGACUUGAUGCUAUUCGUGAACUUAAUGGGUAUCUGAAGAUAUUUCUUAAUGAUUCCGAGGCUUGGCUACAGCUUAGUGACUUGUUCCUUGCGGAGUCCGAUUUCGCCAAAGCUGCGCACUGUUUAGAAGAAUGUGUUCUUGCUGCUCCUCUCAAUACUCUCUAUCUACGACGUCUGGGUGAUAUACGAUACAGUCAAGGUGGCCUAGAGAAUAUCGAACUUGCGCGUGCAUAUUAUGAACAAGCGGCUAAGCUGAACCCUGCUGAUCUUCGUGCAUUAUAUGGGAUCUGCUCCACCUACCUAGCAAAUCAUAUGAAAGGCUCAGGAGGGGAAAAAAAGCGGAACUUAUUGGCUUCCGGUGGAGCAGCUGCCGAAAAGAUACUUGCUAGAUAUGAGGAGGUAUGUGUGUUUGUAGUAGUUCUCUGGAAUGAGAUCUAUUUAGAGUUUCAAGAGUUAUAG